AAAGGCGGAUUAUUUUGAAUGUUGCGAUUGUGACAAACAGGAAAAUAGGGACACCCUGAUUGUAAGAAUCAAGUUGAAGCCAUACAUGGAAUAAAACUAGAAAUUAACUGUUUGUUUGUAAUUGUAACAAUUCGUUUUAAGAAUGAGAAGACGAAGCACCAGUUCUAGCAUCAGAACACCAAUUGUCAAAAGGCGUCAAAGUACUUUGGGUUUCGAUGAAUUUGGUUUUGCACUCAGCAAAAAGAGAGAGCAAAAAUUGAACCACCGAUCUCAUGAAUACAGUUACCCUCAACCAGACGCCGUUAGAGUAAAGCAGUUAUGCGAACUGUUGAGCUAUUGGAAAGGGUCCAGUUUUAUUUGUCGAAGCCAGAUUGAGCGCUUUAUCCGAAUGGGGAUUCCUCCUUCCUUGCGAGGAAGAGUAUGGAAGUGCCUGCUCGACCUUGACUCUAUUAGGGAGUCUGGUGUUUUCAACUACCAGGCAUGUUUGGAUGAGAUCCGCAAACCCUUGGUUGAUCUGGGAGUUAGCGAGUACAGCAUCAUCUCAGCUCUCAGCACCUUGAGCCAGGCCCAGUCUCUUCCUGGACUAGGCUUCUGCCGUGAGGAUGUGGCCCUCUUUCAGCAGAUCGCACUGGACCUGCAGAGGUCAUUUCCAACCCAUCGUUCACUCAUGGGAGAGAGUCCUGAAGCCAUCGAAGGCCAAGCCAAGCUCUUCCGUGUUCUCACAGCCUAUGCCAAGUACAACCCUCAGAUUGGUUACAGCCAGGGGAUGGCCUGCAUCGCUGCUGUUCUCCUGAUGCACCUGAGUGAGGAGGAGGCAUUCUGGGCUCUGGUGGUUCUUCUCCAGAAGCCAAAAUACCUAUCCGAGCUUUUUGACCUUUCAUCAGAGAAAAUCCAACACCAGGUAGCAGUCUUUCAGCUGUUACUGAAACACAGGAGGUGUUCUCUCUCGCGGCACAUGGAGAACUGUGGGGUGAUGCCGCUAUACUACGCGAUGCCUUGGUUCUUGGCCCUCUUCACCUGCCUGCCGUGCUGGGACUCGGUGUUGGCCGUGUGGGACCUCAUUAUGCUUCAGGGGAUGACGGGUGUGUUCCGUGCCGCUCUCGCAGUCCUAUCCCUGCUGGAGCCACGUUUGAUGGCCCUGACCGACCACGCCACCAUGCUGCCACUCCUGCUCCGGGUACCUGUGGAACUCGCGAAGCACCAUGUUCUGCUUCCGGCUAUAUGGGCCAUUGAGGUCCAGGAGUCUGAGAUGAAGGACUAUGACAGCCUGGCCACGCAGAAGACUGGAGAAGACCCAUGCAAAGAGAACUUGAAGCCCAACUGUACAUCUCCGCCGCCGACCGCAGAACCGAAAACCCUCAAGAGCGAUGCCAAAACGCCAACGAUUGCAGCCAAGGAACCAACAAAGGAGGCCGCGGGAUUCGUGACCAAGAACGUGUUCACACGGAUGCUCCGGGUGGCCCAGCGUUGCCUCUUGGUGGUGAGCCAGCCCAGCGGCGGCAGCAAACCCUCCUCUUCCUCCUCCAGCAGCCCCCAGCUCUCCAAGGCCAGGGCUUCUUCCUCCCUUCCUCAGGCUCAGACUCGAGCCAAGAGGAGGAGCCAGAAGGCCCUUCGCACCCUGGCCAGGAAACAGGGCCCAUCUCCCCAGGACUCAGACGCGGCUGGUGCCACUCAGGACUGCUCAGAGCCAGGCCUCAGGAGGUUGAAGUCAGACCCGGUGGGGCGAGGGGCUCGGCGGAAAAGCGUCCACAGGGCCCUGAGACGGAGGUCGCUUCACUUUUGUCCCAUAGGCUCGCCCCGUAGCGAUUCUCACAAACUCCUCCUGAGCCCCCAGUCAGCCCAGGCUACUGCAGGACACUACAGGUUGCUGUCUCCCCAACCCGGGACUUGGGGUGAGCAGGAAACCGAGCUGCCAAUCAGGGAGUCCCAGCUAAUAUGAGGGGUGGUUGGGGUGGAGGAAGAAGCCCUUGUCUGUCCGUCUCUCUCUCACUCCUGGCUCCCCUGUCCAUCUCCACCCUAAAGCUCUACAUAAUCAAGACACUUGACGUUUUCUGGACCACAGCAGCUUGCCCCCCUGGACUACCCCCAUCUCCCGCCUGAAAUCAAUCUCCCCUCACUAGCCUGUGGGCUCAGGAGCUGGCACCCCUGGAGGGACGACCUCUGAGGCCGAGCAGGUCCACUUGAGAGCACUUACGCUGGGCAGGCUGCCAUGUGCAGAGGGAUGGGCCUGGGGGGGUGGGGGUGGGGGUGGGGGGCACGCUGAGGAGAGAUUUACUGCUGGGGAGUUGCUGCUGGUGAAAUAAAUAGUAUCUGUAUCUAUUCUCCCAUGUCGUCAAAGGCUGAGCUGCAGCAAGGUUAUGCAGGUUUUCCCCCUCAUUCACCAUGACUCUGUCCCUGUCCAUAUGUGCCUCCUUUAUAUCUGAUAUUUUAGUGCUCUAGUCACUUACAGACAGUGCCUCAUUUAUUAAUUCAUGUGGAGCCAUUUUCAGGGCUACUUUGAUGUUGCCUGUAAAGGACCAUAUGUUAUUUUUGUAUGGCACUCCAGUGUACGACGCGCCACAGCAAGCCUCUGGUUUUAUUGUAAUAUUUUUAUAGCAGUUUGAAAUAAUAAAACAUUAACAGCG